AUGGCGCCUGGAGGAGACGCGCCAACGCGGGACAGCUCAUCUCCCGGUCUCUCCUCGCCUCCCUCCGGCUCCCUAUCCGAACCCGGCUCACCACUCAAACACAUCAACCACCACAGUCGAACCAGCAUGGAUAUGGACGAGAUCAUCGUCGACCCCUCGCAGCCCAGGUUUGGCGUUGCACCACCCACAACACCCCAGCCCGAAGUCCGCCUCACAGCAGCGGGCCUGCCGAGGAAGAAGCCCGGCCGCAAACCUGGCUCGACCUUGAAGCCUAAGAACCCCGAUGACCCGCCCAAGGUUCGAAAGCCCAGGAAGCCCAAAGACCCCAACGCCCCGCCCAUUCAGCGAAAACGCAAGUCCGCCCCUGCCCAGGAUGAACCAGUCGAACCUGCCGACUCCAAGUCCCUCGCUGCUUCCGCUUCCGCUUCUGCCUCUGCCUCCGCCUCUGCCUCCGCCUCUGCCUCCGCCUCGGCUUCCUCAUCGCGUCAACAUCGCAUCUCCGACAUUGUCGACAUUGACUCGGCCGAUUCGGGAACCCGCACACCUUCAGCCCAAGACUACGUCUCCCAAAAGGCCCCCAAGCGGGAAGAGCUGCCGAGGUCGAUGCAGAGCAUACUCAACUCCGACCCGGAGCCUCUGUCGAUGCACCCCUCCAACGGAAGCACGACGCUGCCCACGCGAACGAGCGGCCAGAGCUAUGACCCCAUCCGCGGCAACUACGACCCCGUGCGAGGCAUUUUCGGCAACGCCACAUCGCCACGGCCGCCGACAUCCACCCUCAACCGCGCCAGCGCGUCGCCCUCGAUCGCCAGUCUCGUCGAGCCUGUCCGCGGCGUCGCCGCCUCGCCCUCCCACCAACAGUCCUACCAGCAGAACCACGCGCAAUCUCGCGUCGAAUCGGCCCCCACAUCGCCCCUCUACCACCACGCCCGCCCUGCGCCCCAGCCCAUGCCCAAGCCCGCGCUGCUCGACUCGACGAAAGCGACCGCAGCACCGCCUUCCGUUUCGGCCAGCAAGUCGGAGCCCAAGUCCCGCGAAGUCCCCUUGGCCACCGGCAUCACGGCGCUGAAAAAGGCGAACAAGGCCAAGUCGAGCACGGCAGCCUCGUCACCGAAGAACACGAUGGACGACCCGACGAUCCUACCGACCGACACGAACCGCUCGAUUCUCGACUUUGGCAAGGCGGAGCCCGGCAAGGACUUCCAGGCGCCCUCGAUCAUGCUCUGGGAAGAGCAAACUGCCGCGAGCAGGGACGGCUUCUUCGUCUACUCGGGACCGCUGGUGCCGGAGCCCGAGAAGCCUGCCACGAGACCAGAUGGACUGCCGAAGCGUGGACGUGGCAGUCGCGGCGGGCGCGGCAGCCGGGGCGGUUCGCGCGGCAACGCGAGGGCGGCGAGGGCAGCACGCUCGAUGGCGGCCGGGGUCUCGCGGCGGCCCGGGAUCCGCGGCGGUCGCGGGUCUCGAGGCGGCGCGCUCACGAGGAAGCCGCGCAUCACAAAGUCGGAGAAGGAGCAGCUCGAGAGGGAAAAGCCGAGAGGCAACGGGUGGCCGAGAUGA